GUUCGUUCUCGGCCUUCGUGAGGCAGGGAUGGCUCACGGUGACGAUUAUGGAAACGGUGGCUUUCACAUCGGACAAGUGAAUCAUAAUCGCGAGCGAUCGACCCCGUCGCUCCCGGUAUGCGUCGCUGCAUGCGCACAGCUCACAAUCCGAAGCUCUCACAGGCCGUGAACGUGUCUGCGCACAAUCAGUCUGCAGGAAUACACUGCUUGCUCAAUUCUACGGCUGUUACCGUGGUCCGUGGUAUUGCGUUUCACUAGCUUUCGGCAUCGGAUUGAUCUACGCGUCUUUGUACUGGUCUCCACGCGAUUCGUCUCCGGAGCCAGCUCCCGUCGCGGCCUGGUGCUCAUCUCGGAAGAAGAAGGCACAGGGACGUUGUGGACUCUUAUUGUCCGCCCGAAUCUGGACAUCGUACGCCUUUCUUGGCGGAUCUGCAACGCCAACGACGACCAAGGGCUCGCCGUCUCAUACACAGACGCCCACUAAUUAUGCCGCUCAUGGGCGCUUUGUUCAUGUAAUCACUCAUCGGCGUACUUAUAUCGUAGGAGUCAUGAUCGACUGGCACUCCUCAUAUCUCGUCACAACGCUCCUCGCCCCCAUGUCUGCAACUCGUCAGGAAAGAAUCAAUUUCAUCGAGGCUCACCGUAUUUUCCUUGAAACCAUCGAUCUCAUCGAGGCCAAUAUCGACAUCUGGAAGAGGGUCAGGAAUGACCAUUCAAUCAAAGAACCCAAGAUCGCCUCCUCUUAUAUUCGCAUGCCUGACGGUCUACCGAGGGGCCCAGAAACCAUUGGAAGAGCUGCAUUCUGGGAGAUGAUUGCCCGCCCCGAGGCCCCAUACUGGCAUCGCGUGGAGUCGCUUCAGCCUGCUUCGCCGCAGUACCGUUGCGAACGGGACCGCGGUAUCUUCCGACAUGUUGCUCGUCACGCGCACAGUCUCUUCCGGCACUACGGCGAUAGAGGUCAGGAAAGCCAAAAGAAUAACCAGCUAGCGCUUAUGGCGGCGGCGGCGGCGACCUAUGGAUUGAUGAUUUGGCGUGACAAGGUGGAUGCGCAGCCCGAGCGCGCGUAUUGGAGAGGGACUGACGAGGAGGUGCGGGACUUGGCUCGUGAGUUGUGGGAAAUCGAGGCCGCGGUGAAUGAAGAUGCGGAUGCGGAUGAGGAUGAGGAUGCGGAUGAGGAUGAGGAUGAGGAUGAGGAUGAGGAUGAGGAUGAGGAUGAGGAUGAGGACGAGGAUGAGGACGAGGACGAGGAAGAGGAAGAGGGAGAGGGAGAGGAUGGUAGCAGCACGGAUGAGGAUGAGGAUGCGGAUGUAGAUGUGGAUGAAGAUGAGGAUAAGGGUGCUGUAGGUGAAGAGUACGGGCUGAGAGAUGGUCAACAACGUGAGGAGUGGUCGAGCUACAUGGACGUCGGGCCCAUCUGUGUGCAGCCUGCCGCCGCACUGUACUAUCAGUAG